AUGACGAAAUCUAAGGGUAAAGUUAGAAGUGAAAAGGGUCAAUUUGUGGAUGAUUUGGACAGAGUUGUGCAAUUAAAAGGGAUCAAUUUAGAUGGAGGUGCCAAAUUUCCAACCAAACCAUCAUUCCCAACUCAUAAACCAUUGGAGGGACAUGAAGGACUGUUUUUUGAUGGUGAUCAUGUCUCAUUUGCUGGGAGACCAUUUCCAUUAGAGGAUGUUCCCUCGCAUAUCAAUAGGAUCAAAAGCUUAGGAUAUAAUAGUAUAAGAUACAUCUUCACUUGGGAAGCCAUUGAACAUGAAGGACCUGGGAAAUAUGAUGAAGAGUUUAUUGAUUAUACAAUUGAAGUCUUGAAAAUAAUUGAUGACAUUGGUGGUAUAUACGUUUAUUUGGAUCCGCAUCAGGAUGUUUGGUCCAGAUUCUCAGGUGGUGAUGGUGCUCCAUUAUGGACUUUAUACGCUGCAGGGUUUGACCCUAAACAUUUCCAAGCUACAGAAGCUGCAGUUGUUCAAAAUUUUUACCAUAAUUCUGAAGAUCCAGAUGUUUAUCCAAAGAUGGUAUGGAGUACAAACUAUAAAAGAUUAGCAGCGGGUACUUUAUUCACGUUAUUCUUUGCAGGUAAACAAUUUGCUCCAAAUGCUAUUAUCAAUGGUGUUAAUAUCCAAGAUUAUUUACAAUCACAUUUCAUCAACAGUGUUGCAUAUUUUGUAAAAAGAAUUAAUGAUAAAGCACCAGAAUUGUUUGAAGAAACUGUUAUUGGGGUAGAAACUAUUAAUGAACCAAACCCUGGAUAUAUUGGGACUCCUGAUGCUUCCAAAAUCCCUGAUAGUUUAAACUUAAGAGUUGGAACUUGUCCAACUAUUUAUCAAACUUUGAAAUUAGGGUCUGGUAUCCCAACUGAAUUGGAUGAGUAUAGAAUUUCAAUCUUUGGGCCAAAGAAAAUUGGUACUAAAGUCAUUGAUCCAAAAGGUGUCAAAGCCUGGGUUUCUGAUGAUACUUAUGACAGACAUUAUGGUUUCAAGAGAUCUGAGUCAUGGAAGCUUGGAGUUUGUAUUUGGGAACAACAUGGGGUCUGGAACUCUGAAACAACAACCUUAUUACUUCCAGAUUAUUUUAAUGUGGAUCAUUUGAGUGGUGAAAUUGCUGAUGAAGAACUUUUCAUAAAUAGAUAUUUUGUUAAUUACUAUAAAGAUUAUCGAAAAGCCAUUAGAGAUAUAUUACCAGACACAUUUAUAUUUUUACAAUCACCUCCUUUAGAAAUCCCACCAAAAUUGAAAGGUACAAAUUUGGUAGACAAAAAUACUAUUUUCAGUCCUCAUUAUUACGAUGGUAUGUCACUUAUGUUCAAGACUUGGAAUAGAAAAUAUAACGCAGAUACACUAGGUAUAAUGAGAGGUAAAUAUUCCAACCCUGUGUUUAGCAUUGUUUGGGGUGAGAAUAACAUUAGAAAAAGCUUUAGAAGACAAUUAGCUGAAAUGGUAAAGGAAGGUAAAGAGAAUCUUGGUGAAGAAUUACCUGUUAUAUUCACCGAAAUUGGCAUGCCAUUUGAUAUGGAUGAUAAGAAAGCCUACAGGGAGAAUGAAUUUUCAUCACAAACAAGUGCAUUAGAUGCAUUGGGCUUUGCAUUGGAAGGGAGUAAUAUUUCUCACUCUUGGUGGACUUAUACAGCUGAUAAUGGUCACAAAUGGGGUGAUUAUUUCAAUAAUGAAGAUUUUUCAUUUUGGUCCAAGGAUGACAUUGAAGAAGCUUCAUUUCCUGGAUCUUCUGGAUCAACAGCUACUACUGGAUUUGAUUCAAAGGCUUAUUUUAAUGAACAUUCGAUUAGUGUUACUGAUUUUGACUCUGAUUCUGGUACAUUAGCUGGUUCCUCAUCUUUAUUGAAGAGUCAAACGUUAAAAGGUCCAUCGUCUGCUUCUUCAGCACCAAGUCAUUUUGGAUUAAGAGCCAUUGAUUCAAUAGUGAGACCAUUUGCAUUGGCAUUAGAGGGUGAAUUUGUUGAUUCCGAAUUUGAUUUAUCCAAACUUGAAUAUACUUUAAAAAUCAAAGGUAAAGAUACCGGAGACAUUACACCAACUUUAAUCCAUAUUCCACAAUGGCAUUUCCCGUCAGAUGAAUAUGAGAUCAAUGUGACUUCUGGUAAGUUCAUCGUUGAAGAAGGAUCUGAAACAUUACAAUGGUUCCAUGAAAACGGUUACCAAAGUAUAAGCAUUAGGAAUAUUAAUGCAAAAACAGCUCAAAAAGGAUGGCUUUCAUAUUUGCUUAGCUUCUUGCCAUGUUUCAGUUAA